AUUUUUCUCGAUAAAUUAUGGCAAGGAUGUGCACGAGGAUGAUUUCGUGCGACUAACGAACCGUGUCCAAGCCUUCCUUAUAAGACAUUGGAACUAAUGAGACUUCAUGAAUAGUAAAUCGGGAGCAACGCAUCAAUCUCGUUCGCUACGAUGAGGCAUCUAGUCGUCGCUCUUAUCAUCGCGUGCACCCUUUCAUCCUCCGUUGUUCUCGCAGAGGAGGUGCAGUAUACUACGAAAUACGACAAUAUAGAUGUGGACGCUGUGAUAAAUAGCGAGAGGCUGUUGAAUGGAUACGUGGGUUGUCUGCUCGAUCGGACUCCUUGCACUCCAGAUGCGGCGGAACUCAAAAAAAAUCUGCCGGACGCGUUGGAGCAUGACUGCGCCGGAUGCAGCGAGAUGCAAAAGAACGCGGCAGACAAAAUCUCUCAUCAUCUGAUCGACCAUAAGCCAAACGACUGGAAACUUUUGGAGGACAAGUAUGAUCCUACCGGAGCAUAUAGACGACGUUACUUGGAGAAUAAGUCUCAUGAAGGAGACAGAUUGGAUUGAAAUCAUUUGCUCGCCUGAUCUUUAAUGCCGACCACGGCUAUCCUCUGGACUUGAUGGUUUAUUGUAAUCCUUGUCACAACAGUUCCAUUUUACAUAACGAACGCGAAAGAUCUAAUCUUUUGCGUUCCAUCAUCUUUUAAUAUGAACGUUUCCCUGUAACACAAAAAAAAAUCAUGAAAAAAAUGUUCGGUUUUUACAUUUCGGUAACAUUUUUUUUUUUAUUUUAACGCGUUUUUUCAAUUAAUUCGCGUACAAGUUUAUAUAUAUAUGGAUAAAUAGGUUUUUACUUUAUUGUUUGUAUACUUGCGAUAAAUAUUCAAUUAAAUAAUGGUAAUCUUUUAUAAUAUUUCAUAAAUAACGAAGGUUCUUUUUACGAGUUCUUUUAUCUAUGUCAUUUAGUUAAAUCACUAAUGCGUGUAUAAAUAAUUUAUUAAAAUGUAUUAUUAUUUCGAUAUUGACAAUAUAUGGGCAAGGAUUCGCCGAUAUGUUUCUCAUGCAGAUUUAUUUUAAUUUAUAAAACUAAUAUAAUAUUAGAAUAGCAAAUAUAGAGAAAAAAAGCUUAUUAGUGAUUAUUAUUAUUAGUGAUGCGCAAUAUUAAAUAAUAAUUUAUUAUAAUUGAUUUGCUGUAAUUUUGCACGUACAUAAAAAUAGAUAUAAAGACCAAUUUAGGCAUAAUUGUUCUUGCAUCACUAGAAAUAUAUAUA